GCCAUUUUUGUAAAACACAAACAACAAGACGACCGAGCGAGAUUGAGAAACUCAUAGCGGCCCUUGUAGAUACAAGAAAAAAAUUAAAUAUACAAUUCAGCUUCGAAACUCAUACAAGAUAAGUGUUCAAAACUAGAGACAUACAAGUUCAAAUCAUUGGUUACUGCGGAGCACAUGUUUGCAAAAGGAGUGAAUUCUUUCAAGAAGAUCCAACUCUGGAGAAAACAGUGGCUGGCUAGUUUAGCCUAGCCUGGCCAGCAAGCUCGCUUUGGCACAUUUCGCAGAGGUGUGAGGAGUUGGGAGCUGAAGGCUUGCCUGUGUAAAAACAAUCUCAAAUUCAGAACAAAAAAAUAUUAAGAAUUUAGAGAAAAGAUUUAUUCAGCAAUAGGUACGGCAUUACAAACUGUGCCGAAAAUUUUGUCUAACAGCAAUUGCUGCUAUUAAUGCUGCCACCAGUUCUUAAUUAAACUGUGUAUUUUCUCUCUAAGAUGUUUUCAGAUUGAUUCUUUUUAUUAAAGAUCUGAAGUUAUUGGCACAUUAGAGUGGUGUGCCAUCUUUUGGAGCUCUUAUUUCUGGCUUGAAAUUUAUCAGCCUUUAUCUCCCUGAAACUGGCAGCUAUUGUAUAACUCGUAAAGAGUUUAGGAUUAACAAGUCCACCUCAGCACACAGAACCACCAUACAGGUUCUGACAGAAUCACCUCAUUCCUGUCCCCCGUUCAUCCUGGUCCUUAAAGUCAUAUUCUUUAGACGAGAAAUCUUGAGCCUUCUGUACACAGAAUAUGACUGCUGAGACGCUUAACUUCGGUCCAGAAUGGCUCCGUGCACUAUCCAGAGGGGGGAGUGUAACGUCCCCUCCACCUUCCCCUGCAAUGCCAAAGUCCAAGUUGGCCGACUACCGCUAUGGCCGCGAGGAGAUGUUAGCACUUUAUGUCAAAGAUAACAAGAUCCCUGAGGACAUGCAGGAAAAGGAGUUUGCUGCUAUCCUGCAGGAAGAGCCUCAGCAGCCGUUGGCCUUGGUGCCUCUAACGGAAGAGGAGCAGAGAAACUUCUCCAUGUCUGUGAACAGCGUCGCUGUGCUGAGGCUUAUGGGAAAAGGAGGUGGGGCUGUACCAACAAGUGUAGUUAGAGGGCGUGGAAGCACUCGAGGAGGCCGAGGGAGAGGCAGAGGAGAGGGUGGAUUCUACCAAAGAAGUGUGGAUGAAGAGGUCGGGUUUGGCCAUGGAAGAGAGAUGCACCGCAGCCAGAGCUGGGAUGACAGAGGUGAGCGGCGCUUCGAGAAGCCUUUAAGGUGUGACAGUGGCCGUGGUGGGUUUGAGGAGGGCGGGACAGUAGGAAGAAAAGACUACGCCCGCUCGGACAGCGAUAACUGGCGAACACUCAGAGAGGAGCAGGAGGACGAUGAUGGGACGGAGCCUGGGGGAAGCUGGAGGAUUGCAGGCGGACGGCGUGACGAUGGGGGCCCUCGUUCAGCAGGUUGGCGGGAGCACGGCAGUGGAGAUGGCCGUCGUAGGAAGUUCGACUUUGACUUCCGAGAUGGAGAGAGUGUGCGGAGAAGGGCCGGAAGUGAGGGUGGAGAGGAAGAUAGAGAUGGCUUACCUGAGUGGUGUACAGAUGAAGAAGAGGGGGAGAUGGGAACAUUUGACUCCUCUGGAGCCUUUAUGUGCAUUAAGAAAAACCCCAGAGAUGCAAUCCCUGAAGACCAGGAACUGGAAUUUGAGGCUCUGGAGGAGGAAGAGGAGGGUGGUCAGGAAAAUAAGGACAUUCCUGCUGAUAAACCUGAGGAAAAGCUUGGGGAAGAUUGUGAGGUAGAAUCUGUGUGUGAGGGCGAUGGGAAGUCGUCAUCUCCUCUUGCUGUGUUUGCCUGUAAACACCCUUCAGAGGAAGAGUCUCCCAAACCGAUAGUCAUUCCUCCCUUAAAACCUGCACCACAUCAAGCUGAAGAUGCAGCUGCAGCAGGUGGGUGCACACAGCAAACACGGAACUCCUCCCCUCCUUUGUCCAGAGGUACUGGCCUGCCAACAGUAGGGGGGGACACUGAGGAGGAAGAUGGCAUGAAGCACCUUCAGCAGGAGGCUGAAAAAAUGGUGGCGUCCCUGCAGGAUACGUCUCUCGAGGAGGAAUGUUUUACUCAAGCACUUCAGGAGAGCCACAUUGCAGCGGCACACACUCACACUCUCACACACUCUCAUUCCACCCCACACACACUCCCACACACACUCCCACACUCUGCCAGCGCUCUGCCCCUCUCCCACGAAUCCGCCAUGAAGUGGUUCUACAAAGACCCUCAAGGAGAGAUUCAAGGUCCAUUCACUACUGUGGAAAUGUGUGAGUGGUUUAAGGCGGGUUAUUUUGCCAUGACUCUGCUGGUCAAACGUGGCUGUGAUGAAGGUUUUCAGCCUCUGGGUGAAGUCAUCAAGAUGUGGGGGCGUGUGCCUUUCUCUCCUGGCCCUUCCCCUCCUCCCCUGCUGGUAAGAAAGAAGGGGAACAUGGACCAGGAGCUGUUGAAGAAACAGUUAGAACAGGCUGCCACUGCAGCUCUGUACCAACAACUUCAAAUGAGAUUCCAGCACAUAAACAGGUGUGGGGAGACUGGAGUAAUGCCUGCUAUGAACAGGUCUAUGUCAGUGCCAGACACUGGGCCCAUGUGGGACAUGCCUACCUCAGUCUCUCAGCAGUCAGGCAGUGAGACCAGUCUGUGGGACUUAACCAUGAGUAACUCUGCUCAGGGUCCAACUCUUGAACAUUUACAGAAAAUUCAGCAGGAGAGGCGUGAAGCUGAACUCAGGGUGAAGCGUGAAGAGGAGGAGAGGAAACGAAGGGAGGAGAAGCGUCGGCAGGAGGAACAGAAGAGGAGGGAGGAGGAGGAGCUUUAUAGACGAAAACAGAGCCGUCAGCAGCAGGAGCUGAUCAUGAAGUUUCUUCAGCAGAGCCAGCAGCAGAGUGUGUCAGGGGGCACAGGGUGGAGUGGAAGCCAGGCAGGAUCUCUUUCUCUGGGCAAGGCUGCGGGAAAGAGCAUGGGUCUUCUGGAGCUGGAGGCAGAGAGGCUUCACAAACAGCAGCAGCAGAGAGCUCAGCAGCAAAGACAUGGAGGUUUGACGAUGGGCCAGUGGAGUGACGGCUCAGCAGGUAUGUGGGCAGGAUCUGGCAUGGAAGGGAAAAUUGGAGGCGGCAACCCUGCUAUGGGCAUGUGGGAUGAGGCCAUAAAGAUCCAGGCCAGCCAUCGCAACAUGGGCCUGAAGAACAGCCGAAGCAGUCCCUCUCUCAGUGAUCAGUACAUGCUGAAUCGCCGUAAGCGUACUGACGAUGAGGAGAGACUUCUGAAGCUUCUUCAGGGGAUGAAACCUCAGGACGGUUUCACCACUUGGUGUGAACAGAUGCUCCAUGCGCUCAACACCUCUGCAAAUAGCUCCUCUUCACUAGAUGUGCCCACCAUUGUGGCAUAUUUGAAGGAGGUGGAGUCACCAUACGAAGUUCAUGACUUUAUCCGCAUUUAUCUGGGUGAUACCAUUGAAGCCAAAGAGUUUGCCAAGCAGUUCUUGGAGCGCCGUGCCAAACAAAAAGCAAAUCAUCAGAGACAACAGCAGCAGCAGCUGUCCAAGGAGGUCUCUGGAUUGAACAUGAACUUCCCCCUGCAGUCGAUGUUCCAGGCAGCUCACAUGAGUAAGGGCAGCAGUUUGUACGACACUCAGGGAGGAAAAGCGAAGAAAAAGCCUAGCAUGAUGCUCCACUCUGACCCCAGUAUCCUCGGCUACUCAUUCCUGGGGGGAGGUGAGCUGGAGCAGGUGGAGGAUUACUGACCCAGCCCGUCUACUUGAGUUUACCUGAGGCCUUAAACCUGGAGCAAAUCAGCAGAGGAAUGUGCACUGCUCAGCGAGGGAGGGGUGGGACAACACAUGUCCACGCUCCCUCUCCCCCUUUCUCUCUUUCUCACUCUGCACUGUGAGAGGAGCAGAAGAGAUGGUUAUUGGGAGGUUCAAUGUGAAGAGGAGACCCUCUUCCACCUCCCAUCAGUAAAGCACCUUACCAAAACCGUUGCACUUUAAUAUUUUCAUAUAUGAAAUGGAGUUUUGUCUUUUUUUACAAUGCAAAAAUGUGUGAAUAUUUUGUUGAAUAUAUUAUGUGUAGAAUUUGUAUGAGUAUACAUAGGAGAGGUAGGAACGGAGCAGUUACCGCUGUAUGGAACACCGAGGUUAAGAACAUUCUUAAGGGAGAUUAGAGUUGACUGUCUCUCCUAAAAGACAAACACUGUUGUAUUUUUAUGUUAUGGUAAAGCUAUAAAAAUCUGAAUUUGAAAACUUGAAGAUUUGCACUUGUUUAACAAAAAAGAAAAAGACAAAAAAAAAAUAAAUAAUUAGAAUAGGUUAUGAGGAUUUUUGUGAGCACGUGUCAGCGUAAGACAGAGAUGAAGAAAAGUCUGCACAAAUUUUACUGCUUACUGGCCUGUAAAAAAAAAAAAAAAAACAUGCCAUGUUUUUAUUUUAUAUUCACCACAAUUUUUUUAUUUCAUUGAGCAUGUCUGAUAAAGUUUGCGCGUGUGGGCGUAAAGAAGUUUUUGUAUAUGGGCUCUUAGAGACAAAGAGUAGAGUCAAGCAAUGCAUUUUUACCCUCCAGUGUUUCAAAGCAUGUCUGAAGUGCUGUUUGGCCCAUUUGGCUCUGUUCUAAUCAGGGUCUCAGGGCUUGGGUCUGGUGUUUAAAUGUAGCUACUCCGUUGUCUGUACACAAACAAUACUUGCAUUACAACCCUUCCCCACUUGCUUUGUCCACGAUGUGAACUGUUGCCUUCUGUACAGAAAGCGUGUGUGUGUGUGUGUGUGUAAAUUCUGUUGGCUGGUGUUGAGUCAGCCACCAAGGCGCUGUGAUCUGGUGUGUGUUCAUUGUUACUUUUUUUGUUGCUGUUGAAAAAGGAUGAUUUUUUUUUAUUUUUAUUGGUCUAUACAAAGUAUUUGAACUUUAUGAGUUGGAGCACUUUCUAAGCUGCUACCUUGUAUUUUUAAUUUUCUUUAAUUUCUGAUGUUGUAUUAUGAAUGAAUGUAUUCCAAAACGAACUAUGUGCAUCUGAAAAUAAGGCUUGAGUGUCUCUGAGGAAAAUGGGACACACCUCACCAUUUGGAAUAUGCCUAUUAUCUGUGGUCAGAUUCUGGGAUUCAUGUGGCCUGUACUGAGUCGACGGGCUCCGGUUGCUGGUGCUCUUCCAGAACUCUCACAGCACCCGGAGAUUCAGAAUUUCUGAAAAGACGCAAAGGACUGUCUUUUUUCUGUCAGUGCUCUUGAUACAGGGCAAAUGAGAGCCAAGGAUCUGCUGAGUGUAGCAGUACUUUUUUUUUUUUUUUUUUUUUUUUUUAACAAAAUCGAAUUUCUUUCCAUGAUACGUGAAUUUGGGAUAUGUUUCGCAUCGUAAACUUAUAUUUGCUUGAAUCCUCUGAUUAAAAAAAAAAGACUUUGAGGUCAGAAGGAUCAGAGAUUUCAAUACUUGAUCUAUAGAAAAGAUACAUGCUUUAAGCGUAUUUCAUUCUCUGUUCUGACUGGAUUAUAUUUUUGUACAAAAAAAAAAGAAAAGGAGAGAAGGACUGAAAACAAAGACGUAAGAGUGGACAGUAGCACUAACAUAAAAGCCAUCCUGGAAUCUGGGAAGGAGUGGCAACCAGCUGCGUUUAGUGCUUCACAUAGAGUCGGAUGGAGAAGAUGUGUGUCCAUCACGUCCACAUGCAAACAGAAGGAUAGAGACUUGCUCUUCUUUCAAGCUGCAAUCUCGCUCUUAAUCCUCUGAGAAAAAUCCCCUCUCUGCAACAUUAUCAAAUGAAGGAAAAUCCUACAGCAUUUGAAAAAAGUGGUCAUUUGAAUGUUCGAUUAAAAAAAAAAAAAAACCUUUAUGCCUUUUUAAAAACAAUACUGUGUGAAGAGACCGCAGGUUCUCAAGUCUAUCAAUCAUUUUUUUUUUUUUUUUUUUCAAAACUCUUUCCCUGUUGAGGCUUGAGGAGUUUAUGUGAUGAAGGGGAAGAUGGACUGAAGCAAACUUCUCAAUUCUUCACACUUCACUUGAACUAAAUCUCAAGGACACAGACCAGUUAAUAAAAUGAGAUGGUGAUUAAUACAGCUAUUAAACAAGGGAUGGAGUUCAUGGAUGAAAGUGGAACUUAACAGUUGAACUGCAAGGAAAAAGCUCUUCAAGGCUUUAAUUUACCUAGAUAGCCAUGCUAGGACCAGCACACACCUAAAAUCCUCUGAUGUCAUCGAACUGAACCAAGCAAGAGACAACAACUCUUUCUCUUGGUUUUUCUUUAUUGUCUCUCUCUUUUCCUUUCCUUGAUCCUGGCAUCGGUAGAAUGGGACCCACAGCCUAGGUGUGUGCUUAUGUGUGGAGAGACUAUGUAUGUCUUUAGAAAGACACUCAUACAUGCUUUUGUCUCACUACUGAGUGAGGUGUGGACUGGAUGCCCUGUAAAUAAUGUAAAUGGUUUUUGGUCCCUGUUUGUUCUUGAGUUAUGUCCAUCUUAGGCCAUCAUUUUGGGUUUCACAUGCUUUAAUUGAACAAAAUAGAACUGCCCUGGCCAACAUUAAUGUAACACUCAUUAAAAAAAAAAAAAAAAAGCAGAGGCUGUAUUUACACACCAUUUGUGUAUUCAUCUAAAGGAACCUGAGCCUUGCUGAUUGAUGUUUCACAUACAUUGACUUCACUCAUACCAGACUGUGGGAUAUUUCCACAGUGUUUUCUAUCUAGUAUGUUAAAGUUCAAGUGAAUAACUAUUGUACAGAAAAGGUUGAUGAACAUGCUGAAAUCUUAAAAAGAAAUUGUAAUGUUAAAAAAAAGGAGGGAGCUUGCCUCUAUCAGUUCAGUAACUAUUUUUUUAAUUGUUUUAAAAUGUAAAUGAUUAGGUUGGUACAUACAGAACAUGGGGGUUAGUUUUUUGUUGAGAAGAUCAAAAUAUCUUUAACUGAAAAUAAAAUGUUUAAAUGUUGAA